CGUGUGAAAUAGGCGAACUGGAGCAACCCAACAGUGAUUCGGCCUCAGAAGCGAUGGAUGAUUUCGAUAUCUACGGAGACUUGGACAAGUGCGACGCGGAAGCCGAGAAGCAAAGCCGGGAGGUGCAAAGCCUUUUGGGCCGAAUAGCCGAAUUAGAGCAACAAGUUCAAAAGAAAGAGCAGCAAAAAUGUGAAGUAUUGAACAAGAACAGUGUUUUAUUGGAAAAUAUAUCUUCACUGCUGCUAACGGCCAAAGCGGAAUUGAAACGUAAAGAUACUAUCAUCGCUGACCUUCGAAAACAAUGCGAUAAUGCUAUCUUUAGGCGGGGAAGCCACAGCACUAGGGAACAUAGCUCCAAUCGAGCUAGUAACACCCACAACCGCGGAACACAGACGGUUUCCGUACACUCACAAAACGCUGGCGUUCAAGUUGAACUAGCUAUGGAAGAUGAUUACCAGGAGCGGAAGAGAAAAUGUGUCCGUGGUCAUGAAGAAGUAGAGAACAGGCGUGAUCGCGAACGUAACCGUGAACAAGAUCGACGCUGUGAAAAAUAUCGCGAACGCGACCGUGAGAAGGAUCGAGGGAGAGACCGAGACAGGAUUCGCGAUACAGAACGAGAACGGGACCGUGAAAAUGCUCGUGACAGACACAGUGACAAAUAUCGCGUACGGGACAGUGAAAAAGAGCGGGAUCGCGAAAAUACGGUAGUAAUUCCAAUCAAGGACCCGCCGGAAAUAGGUGUGAUUGAUGAGGAAAAUAAAAGUCGACCGCAGUUCAAAACUGACGAUGAAAAUGUGAGUACGGUGAAUCCUAAAGAAUCCUCGGAACCUCGUUCAAAUGGAGAGAAUAUUGGAGAUGUUAUGAAGGGUUGUGCAGUAGACGACGGAACUGUGAAACCAGCCAGCGGUACCGUUUGCAAUGAGUUACACACAGAAUCAGAAUCGGUGGCACCAUCGAUCGGAAACUCAGCAGUUGAAGAUCAAUCAUCCGUGAUGCAGAUUCCCGAACCUACAAUAGAAAGCAGCAAUAUUGCUCCCGUUGAGUCAGAAAGUUUGGUUGGACCAUCGAGUAACAGCAACCCAACGUUAACACCAUUGCAAUCCUACUUUAUGAGCUUUAGCAAAGAAUAUGAAUCGUACGACACCGAUGAAGUACCAAACUCAACGAGCUUGGUGCCUUCGGCGAGUGUUAUUGAAGAAAACAAAAAAGAGGAAUUGUUCAAAGCUACCCGCACUGAUCUAAGUCUUACAGACUCAGUUCCUUAUUACAUCGCGAAAAACUCAAAUGCCGUUUUUACGAACCUUAAAAGCGGUUUAUCACAGAAGGAACCUCAGAAUCAAAGCACGGUUACCAACUCAAGCCGUUCGAAGGAUGAAUCACGGUCAACAAAAUCGAUCGAUACUCUAGAGGCAAUAAAAUCUCUGUCACCAAGCAGCAAUAGUAGCACGGACGCUCCCAAAAACAAUAGAAAACGUAGAAUCUCGUUGGAUGCUAGUUCGGCUUUGGGCAAACGACCCAAGACCGACAAUAACUCAGCAGAUUCGCAACUGAGCACGACGACGCUUUCUUCGACAUACUUUUCAUCCAUUUCCUUGCCGAUCGUUUCAGCGCUCGAUUACGAUCAAGCUUCCGCUACCAAGCGUCGAUCCUCGACGAACCUGAAUUCCCCCAUAAGACCGACACCGAUGGUGGUGUUGCAUUCGCCCGCGAAGUCUUUAGGAACACCGCUCAAACAUACACCGAUGUCGGAAUCAGAUUUCGAUGCCAACUCGUCGAUUCAGCUCAUUAUGGAUUCUUUGUUGCAAACCCCAAUCAAAUCAGAAGCUAUCGACGGUGAGGCUGACCAGGGUUCGUCAAUAAUGGACACUUCUUUUCCGCAAACAGUAGACAAACUGUGCUUUGACGAAUCGCUAAACCUCAGUGGCUUUGAAAAUGAAUCUGCAAACGCUGUGAAAUUGGAACCGUGCGAAGAAAACACAUCUCCGAGUCCGUCGGAUGCGGGUCAUCAGAACGAGAAAGGUGAUUCUCUCAAGUGUGACAAACAGCAAAAAAGGGAAUUGAAAAUCGUACGUAAAAAGAAAGUCUUAAAUACUGGCGACGCGCAUUGUAGGACUUUGGCACCGAGUUCCCCCAGCGGCGAGAAAAAUGAGCUUAGUGAUCAUAAUUACAUGAACGACGCUAAGACGACUGAUGGAAAAUCAAACGGCGUUGCGGCUGAUCAGCCCAACCGCAAGCGUGUGCCGCCUGCAGAAGGUAAGACGGCCGAUGUCUGCGAUCAGCCAGCGCAAGAUCAGUCUCCGGCACACGUUGGUAGGACAAGUUCUUGCAAAGAAAAUGAAACUGUCGACCAACCGGAUGAACAACAGAAUCAAUGGGUGAAGAAAGAGUCGAUCCUGCGAACGCACGGCCAGUACCAUACGCCGGAAGGACCUGUAAACUUCGUACGCGAAAUGCGCGUUGUUAAGGAAAGUCCCACCUACAUGCGAGUGUACAUAACGAGACGCAAAGUUUAGCAAUUCCCUCGGCGGGAUCGUGCUUUUUAUUAAUGAUUUAACUAAGAAUGCAAAUAAAUACGAGUAUCAGCACAUUGUCUUUAAUUCAACCUUUUC